AUGACGCAUUCGACCUCCAACUGUCUGAAAAUUUGUGAUCCGCCGUCACAGCUUACUGCAGAGAAACCUGCGUCGACCGAUCCUGAAACGACUGAAGUAACACCUGAGUCCGAGGAGCAGGAAGUCAAGGCAGUCUCUGAAUGCCCUGUUGAGGAUAAUCCCGAGCCCAUUGUUGACGAGGAGGAAAAAGAGCUAAUUAGUCAGCUGACGGACGUGCCGGACUUUGUCCCCUCGAAUACCGAUCUGCAGGCUUACCAGUCAGUACCCGCGGAUAUGCCGAUACUGUGCGCCCAUCUUCCUGCAGUAAACCGGUUUCUUUUCGCCUUCACAGUCUAA